AUGGACAUCGAUCAGAUGAUGGCUGCAGUGGCAAAUGAGGAGCCAGCCGGUCCGAACAACGUCCGAGGCUCGGCGAUGGCGAGAAGCCACGCGCGGAUGAUGCGGGCUCACCGCGGCCGCGGAGAGGGAGUUUCAGAGGUGACGAUCUUCCAGGUGGAUGUGAUCAUCCUGACGACGGUGGCGGAGGACAUCUUCGGCUGCGGCUCGGAGAUCGACGAGGAGGCCGAGGAGAUUCCCGACGGCGCGAUCCCGUCGAACGACGCAGCGGUCAAGGAGGCGCCCAGCGCCAUGCCGGAGACCGUCUACGGUGUCGUCUUGGCCAACACCAAGAAGAUAAGCGUGGUGCUCACCGAAGAAGGCAAGCUCCUGUGCGACGUCUCGGCGUUGACCAACCCGUGGAGCGAGAGUGUGGCUUCUCAACGGGAUCCGUUGAUGGAGAAGAAGCCGUGGGGUUGUCAGGCGCUCUUUUAUAUCGCGUACUUCGAGUGUAGCCUAGAUGAGUUCGAGCACGCCGACGUGUGCGAGCACAGCGAGGACAUCAUGGCGCAUGCGAAUGUUGUCUCGGUGAUCCACGAAUCGUACCUCCCAUGCGAUGUCUUUAAGGAGUGGAUGGCGCACGCCAAUGAGUGCGCGGUGCAGUUCAUGAUCGAGUCUGAGGAGGGCAUCGUGGUGGAUGGCAGCGACUCUGAGGAUCCGUCCGGAGCAGAGGUCCAGUGCUCCCAGGCGGAAGUAGCAUAG